AUGGAGGCCCUCAAUAGAUCUGCCGUUCAAGCGUCUGGUGUACCGAUUUCGUGGACGCUUUAUUUUCCUAGCGAGGAGUUUUCACCCGAGGACAGACGAGCGGAGCUCAUCAAAUCGCUCAUUGACGGAUUCCUCACGGAGAAAGGCCAGCAUCUGCUGCAGCAGGCCGACCCCAAGGAGCUGUUUCUUAACUCGAGAUGGACGGUCAGUAUGGAGGCACUGAAGCAGCACCUGUGCAGCACGCACGAAGCAGCCAGUGGCAGGAACGAGCUGGGUGCAGCUGCGGAGCUGCUGCUUCAAGCGCUUGAAGCAGCGCCAGAGGAAGCACUUUCCUGCCUGGGUGCUGCUGCCACUGAGAUGUUUCUGGAAAGAGGCCUGAUCGAGACCCCGGCCCUCCCCUCCGUCGCCGCACAGCAUGCCUCUUCUCGCCUGGCUGUGAGGCUGGUGGAUCAUACCGACUCGAUUAUUGAAUUCAAGAAGCUUAAAGCCAGCAGCCUCGAUCGGCUGGUGACAGUGUGUGGGACAGUGGUGCGGGUGGGUCCACUGCGGCCUCUAGUGGUGGCAAUGGAUUUCACCUGCACGCGCUGCGGCGCCGUUACCUCCCUCUCCUUCCCUGACGGUCGCUUCACCCAACCUGCUGCCUGUGGCCAUGACAACUGCCGCAACCGCACCUUCCUGCAAAACCGGGCAGGUGCCCGGAAAAUAAACUUCCAAACAAUACGUCUGCAGGAGCUAACAGGCGGCACUGGUGGAGGAGAGGACAUGGGGAGGAUGCCCCGUGUGGUGGACUGCGAGCUCAGGGAAGACCUGGCGGAUGCGUGUCUGCCGGGGGAUGUGGUGGCGGUGUGCGGCAUUGUCAAGAUCAUCAAUAAUGAGACUGACGUGGGGGGAGGUGAGAGGGCACCUCAAGAGUCACAGUCACUUACACACACACGCACGUGCUCCUCUCCUCCUUCCCCUGCAGGGCGGUCCAAGAAGAGAGAGCAGUGCCUUUUCCAGCUUUACAUAGACGCCAUCUCCGUCGUCAAUGCCAAUGCCCACUCCACCGCUUCUGCUCUCCGCUCUCCUCCCUCUGCGGGUGGGGCGAGUGGAGGCGCGGUGGAGAUGGGGGAGGAGGACCUGAGGAGCAUGUUGGAGUAUGUGGGGGAGCAUGAGGGGGAGGGCGACCUGUUUCAGCAUAUCGUGCACUCCUUCUGUCCUUCCAUCUACGGCCACGUGCUCGUCAAAGGUGAGCUGACUUGUGUUUACGUGGUGGAGCAUGAGGGGGAGGGCGACCUGUUUCAGCAUAUCGUGCACUCCUUCUGCCCUUCCAUCUACGGCCACGUGCUCGUUAAAGGGGCGGUGGAGCUGGGGGAGGAUGACAUGAGGAGCAUGUUGGAGUACGUGGGGGAGCAUGAGGGGGAGGGCGACCUGUUUCAGCACAUCGUGCACUCCUUCUGUCCUUCUAUCUACGGCCACGUGCUUGUCAAAGCGGGCAUCAUUCUGUCCCUCUUUGGAGGGGUGCGCAAGCACGAGGGGGAGGCCAACCGCGUGCCAGUCAGGGGAGACGUGCACGCGUUGCUAGUGGGCGAUCCGGGCAUGGGCAAGAGCCAGCUGCUCAAGGCAGCAGCAGCGGUGGCACCUCGCGGGGUGUACGUGUGUGGCUCUGGCGCCUCAUCUGUGGGGCUCACGGUGGCAGUGGUGAAGGACGGGCCUGGGGGGGAGUACGCCUUUGAAGCAGGAGCAAUGGUGAUGGCGGACCAGGGCACGUGCUGCAUUGACGAGUUUGAUAAGAUGGGCAACGAGCAACAGGCGCUACUGGAGGCAAUGGAGCAGCAGAGCGUGAGUGUGGCCAAGGCAGGUCUGCUGGCAAACUUCAGUGCGCGCACUGCUGUACUUGCUGCUGCCAACCCCGUUGGCGGGCAUUACAAUCGAGCGCGCACACUAAACGAGAAUCUGAAGCUGUCUGCCGCCCUGCUGUCAAGAUUCGAUUUGAUCUUCAUUCUCCUGGACCGCCCAGACCACCACACGGACCAACGUCUGUCAGAGCACGUGCUACAGAUGCAUGCGGGCAUGCCAUCUCGCUCCAAGGCAUCCAAACGCAGCUCCCAUCUCUUCCUCACGGCCCCAUCAGCCACGGAUGGCCAUGCAUCGCACCUCGAUCUCCCUCUCUCCCACCGCCUCCGCCUGCGCUCCUCUGCUGCCCGCAACUUCUCCCCCCUCCCCCCUGCUCGCCUGCGCCAGUACAUUGCCUAUGCCCGCACUCACGUGCACCCCAGGCUAUCAGAGGAGGCGCGUGCAGUGAUCAAGGCAUUCUACCUGCGACUGAGGGAGCACAGCAGAGCCAUGGACGGCCCUCCAAUCACAGCGCGCCAGCUGGAGAGCCUCGUCCGGCUUGCCGAGGCUCGGGCCCGCGUGGAGCUACGGGAGGAGGUUACCGAAGCUGAUGCCCAAGAGGCAGUGGAGCUGAUGGGGGAGUGCUUGCUAGACAAGCUAACAGACGAGGCGGGCAACAUAGACGCGGGGCGGGGCGGCGGCUCGAGCAAGUCAAAGGAGUCAAAGCGGUUCCUCGCCGCCCUGCAGCGCACGGCGAAGCAGGCCAUCAAAACGUGCUUCUCAAGGAAGGAGCUGGCCCAAUUAGCGGACGACAUGUGUCUCAGAGUGCCGGAUCUCGAUGCGCUGAUUGACAGCCUCAAUGAAGCGGGCUUCCUGCUGAAGAAGGGCGGAGGGCUCUUUCAGGUACGACCCGCUCCCAUCCCUCCAGUCGACCCAAAAGUCAGCUCUGAGAGUGUUGGUUGA